AUUAUAUAGCGAAGCUGAAAAUAGAGGAAGGAGGCUUUCGGGUCUCUUGAUGCGCUGACCUCAUGAUGCAGUAUUUCUUCGUUUCCUCAUAUUUAAUGGCCGCGCUCCUUAUAGCCGUCAUAGAAGAAUAGAGCAUGUUUGAUGGCUACCGACGACGAUGACUCAAGCAAGCGACGCGGAAAGCCAAUUACACCAAGCCUAUCCAGCAGGGAAUUGGUGUACAUGGAUAUGUACGCUGCUGACGAACGAAGUAGAUAUCAAAAGGCAUCAAUGGGGACCAGUCGCCGUCAGAGAUAUCCCUGCUGCAGAGGCGAGCACGAAGACGCAACUGGCUGCUGGCAUGCGCCAUGCUUUUGAUUGUGGUGACCCUCAUAACGCUGUCGUCUCAGCUCAGUAAUAUCGCCUUUACCGAUCCCGAUCUGAAAUUCCAUGCGCCAUUUCUGUUUCUGCUUAUUAAAAUGUCCUUUCGGAUCUUCACAUUUCCCGUAUAUUUGCUCAUCAGCAGCAUUACAAGAAAGCUCCGUGGUCGAGAAGCCGAUGUUAAAGAAAACAUCAGACACUGCGCCGACAUUUAUGGGCCAGGAGGUUUCACGUGGAAACAGUUUGGCACAUGCAUGGUUCCUUCAGCUGUGACCGUUCUGGCGACGCAAAUUGGCUGGAUAUUAGGCCUAGCGCACCUGUCGACAUCCGUUGCGACAGCGAUAAUCUGUUCUGCAGUGGCCUUUGCCUAUCUCUUCACCACUUGCUGUAUGGCUCAAGCGUGUCUGGUGACCAAAAGCCUGUUUGUAGCCAUGGCGUUCGGUGGAGUAUGUCUUAUAGUUUACGGUAAUUUUGCCAAUGGUAUCAACGCUUUCAUUAUCAUCGGCAUCGUCGCGGUACUUGCAGCAGCGCUCUUUGAUGCGCUACAUCUGAUUGCCUUUAAGAAAGCAUUUUCGGAAUUGGAUCUCGGACAAACGUCUUAUGUUGUAACCAACAUGUACAUAUUUAAUUGCCUCGUAAUCUGGCCUGUCCCAAUUGUGCUGUCUUAUUUUAAUGUGGAAAAGUUCAACUCACAUAACAUGCCUUACGGCUUGCUGUUCGGAGCAUGGAUAGCGUCAUCCGUUAGUUCCAUUGCGGCCGGUUACGGAUUGGUGUUAUCGAAUCCCUUUUUCAUGUCCAUAUCCGAGCUUUUGAUUCUGGCGACGAAUACGACGAUUGACGUGACCUUUCGCGGUGUGCGCUUGCAUGCUGCUCAGAUUGCUGGGAGUGUCAUGACAGCGAUAUCAUUUCUUGUGCUGAUACUGCCUGACGAAUAUAUGUCCUUGGAAUUCUGGUUGAAAUCGAAAAAAAAGAAGGAUAAAGCAGUGAAUAAACCAGAAGAGGUUGUUUCAGUGGAAAGAAAGGUGCUGAAGCCAUCGGAAUCACCCUCGGCUCUUAAUGUCCACGGGAUGGAGAAAAUGGCCACCGCGGAAUAGCUGGUGUAGCUAACGAUCUCGCAACAAAAUUUAUAGCUGUACAUCGCCAGAAUUGUUUUGUUAACAACCGUGAUCUGUAUUUUGAGCUUCUAAUGACAAGCACUAAGGAGAUUAAUACUGCGAUAUAAUUUUGCCCCUAUUUUGCAGUGUUCGAUAUUAUGAAGGUUAUUUAUUGGGUUUGAAAAGGCAAAAAGAGCAUUGCAAAGCAAUGGUGGUGUGUUUUUAACAAACAUUCUGAAGUAAAAUACAAUAGAGUC